AGUGUCCCCAGCCGUCCACGCUCUGCUCAGCCCACAAAGAGAAAGCGACUGAAGAGGCAGGGCGGCAGGGCAGAGCGCCGAUGAGAAACUCCUGCUUUCAGCUCUAAACCACAACCAGCAGACCUCCAGCAUGAAGAUGAAUGGGCAGAAGCAGUGGACGCAGCUGGCCCUAAUGGCGCUCCUGGUGUUAACGGUGAUGGCGGCUGAAGGAGGCAAAGGAGAGAAACAAGGUAAGAAAGAGCGGAAGUCGGACUGCGGGGAGUGGCAGUGGAGCGUGUGCGUCGCCAACGAGGGCGAUUGCGGGCUCGGCACCAGGGAGGGGACGCGCACCGGGACCGACUGCAAGCAGACCAUCAAGACCCAGCGCUGCAAGAUCCCCUGCAACUGGAAGAAGAAGUUCGGAGGUGAAUGCAAGUACGACUUCCAGGCCUGGGGCGAGUGCGACCUGGCCACGGGCAAGAAGAACAGGACGGGGGUGCUGAAGCGGGCGCUCAUGGACGCCACCUGCGCCGCCACCGUCACGGCGAUCAAGCCGUGCGGGAAGAUCCCCAAGACCAAGCUGCAAGACGCAAAGAAGCAGAAGAAGGAAGGCAAGAAGCGAGAGCGCGGCCAAAUGGACUGAGGACGGCGUCCGGACCGAGGGAGACAGGAAGGAGGCGGCGGAGGGUCGAUUCAACGCCGCCUGUCUUCGUCGGUCGACUGUAGAACCUGGAAAUACGACGCUUAGUGGAAAUGUUGUUCUUCCUCCUUCCCCCCCUGCUAGAUCCUCAUCUAAUCCUCGGCCGUAGGGACGAAGAGUUUAGUGUUCUCGCCUAAUGAAGACGUUUCUAGGAUUAAUUUCUUACCAAAGUCGCGUUAGUUUAACCCCGAUCUGGGAAACCCGUCGGUCUGACUUAACCAAGCGGUUUUUUUUGUUUUUCAAAGUAAAAGUCACGAUCGCAGCUGAUUCCUCGAUAUCAAGAAGCGGAACGUUUCUCGUCCGUCUGGUUUUUUCUAGUUUCUGCUCCCCUCCUCUUCCUCCUCUUCUUCCUCUUCCUCCCGCUGCUCGGCUGAACGUCUGUCUGUUCCCACGUGAUCGUCCAGAAAAUGACAAAAAAAAGAAGAGAAAAAAAACCCAGUGAAAUCCUCGUCUCUGUAGUCUCAGCUGAACUU